AUGUCUAGCAAGCUUAAUGAUACUAAUAGUUCCAAGAUACAAGACUCGGGCGAAAGUAGCAAAAGCACCCACCGGAGCCCACACAAAAAUGAGGUCAUCUUCACGAGUCGCAGCUACAGCGAUCUUCACAAACAAAUGCAAAGUGCAAUCUCGAAAGAAAGCGAGGCUCAGGGCUCCCAAAGCCAGAUCAGUGAAGACGAGACGGCACCCAGCGAUGACUGUCCCGUCCACACGGCGCUGCUCUUAAAAACCGAAAAUGAACCGAGUUGGCGCAACCGUACGCACAAGGUUCUGAAGCUGCUCGGCGCCGUCUCGUUCAUCGCCUGUCCGCCCAUCCCGCAGUUGAUGUUUAGGAAGAUCCUGUUCAGCCCGCCGCCCAAGCUGUUGCAUUACUAUUUCGAUGGGGAACGCGUCGCCCACUUCUCGGCCGGCACUGCACAUACCGCUAAUCGUCCCCUCACCAUCUGCCUGCCCUACAUGGCUUCUCCACAUAUGCAGUGUCUGGACGUAUUGCUGCAGCUGAGGAGGAUCGAAGUUGAUACGGUGGUCACUAGCAAGGGCCACUUCCUCGCCGUCAUCCGCGUUCGGUGCGAGAAGUUUGAACGGCGAAUGAAGUCGCUAGGGGUGAAAAGAUCCCCGCAUCUCGUCAUCUUUUCCCAACCAAACAGCUCGGAUAUCGGGAUGUGCAUGUUUACCGAUCCGAAUUUGGCCGACAUUGCCGAUUUUCUGCAAUGCGACGUGCUGGCUUUUGACUAUUCGGGCUAUGGCAUCAGCACAGGCCGGCCGAACGAAAAGAACAUCUACGCCGAUGUGGAUGCUGUCUGGAAUUACGCCACCAAAACCCUGGGCUACGACGAGGCGGACAUCAUCUUGUUCGGCUUCUCCAUCGGUACGGCGGCGAUGGCCUAUCUGGCGGCUAAGCACCCGAAGAUCCGGGCCCUGAUCCUCUUCGCCCCGUUCACCUCAUUCCUUCGUGUUCUCGCAAGAAACCCGCACAAGGAGGACUCGUGUCGAACCGACAAAUUUUGCACUGUGGAUCGGGCGAAAAAUAUCACCUGCCGCACGAUCAUCUGCCACGGUCGAAGGGAUUGGGUUGUCAAGCCCGAGCACAGCCUCGCCCUGAAGGAACACAUUGCAAAUGCGAUGGAACCCGUACUCGUCGACUGUACUCACCAAAGCAUCUUCUGUGAUCGUAGCGCCUGGGAGAAGGUGCGCAAAUUCGUGUUGGAGAACUGCCACGUGACGACGGAGUGGUUGAAGGAGAUGAAUAAGGCCAUCGACGAGAAAACGAAAAGCGGCUCCCGGACCUCGAUGUCGCCCUGGGCCCCGUCGACGCCGACGAAAAAUGUGUCUCAGGAAUCGACUCACUCGAUCGCCACCAAUUCGAAAAGUGUCACAGUAUUG